GAAAGUAACUCUUUCUGCCGGAACUUCACAGUGUGACACCCGGCGGAUGUAAACAUUGAGCAGAGUUAGCUUCACUGCUGUCUGGACUGAGCUCUAAAACGGCUGUAUUAUAGUAUGAAUGAGAAAUAUCAGAGCGAUAAAGUAACGAUGUGUUCAGUUGAGUAUCUGAGAGAGUUGAUCAGCGACAGACUAACUGCUGCUGCUGGAGAAAUAUUCACAGAGUUUGAAAAAACCAUCGUCCAGUACCAGGAGGAGAUCGAUCGUCAGCGCAGACUGCUGGAUGUCAUCUGGAAACCACACAUUCCCUUACAACCCAUAGAGCUCCCACAGUCUUAUGUCUGUGAGAAUGAGAAGACUGUCGUUGACCAUCAGCCCCAUGACCAGGAGAGAAACUCCAUGGUGGACCAUGAGGACCCAGAGCCUCUACGGAUUAAAGAUCAGCAGGAGGAACUCUGCACCAGUCAGGACCAAUCAAACCCCGAGAUUUCUCAAAUUAAAAUGGAACAGGAAGAAUUGUGCACCAGUGUGGACCAAUUAAACCCAGGGUUACCACAAAUUAAAGUGGAACAGGAUGAACUCCUCUCCAGUCAGGAGGAAGAGUUAAUUGGAUUGAAACAGGAGACUGAUACUUUUGAGGUGACUCCUGCUGAUGAGGAAAAUGACCACAGUGAACCAAAACCAAACAGUGAUCAGCUCCUGUUUCACAUCUCUUGUGCAGCUGAGAGCCCAGAUCAGGAAGGAAACAAGGAUGUAGACUCGGGAUCAACUAGAUGUAUCGAGCUGAAACCAAGACAUCAGAGUAACAACAGUCACAGUAAUGAUGUAGACAAUGCUCCAACGUCAGCGAGACAGUGUGAUAAUGACAAGGCAAGAAAAUCUGCAACAUGCGAGGUCUGUGGAAAAGCUUUUAGGCAUAAAUCAGUUUUAAUCAAACAUCACAGAACCCACACAGGUGAGAAGCCGUAUUCUUGUGGAACCUGUGGAAAAAGCUUCAGUCGACGGUCCCAUUUGACUGACCACAUGAGAUGUCACACAGGUGAGAAGCCAUAUGCUUGUGGAACCUGUGGAAACAGUUUCAGUCAACGGUCCUAUUUGACUGCCCACAUGAGACGUCACACAGGUGAGAAGCCAUAUGCCUGUGGAACCUGUGGAAAAAGCUUUAGUCGACGGGACUAUUUGACUGCCCACAUUAGAUGUCACACAGACCUAUUCACUGAGGUACAGAAACAACGGAAUCAAUUAAACGGGGUGAAGCAACAGCUCCGGUCACUGAAUAUUGACUUUGGGCUCAUCUUCCCGGCCAAGAUGAGGAUUUUCCACCAGGGCAACCGACAGCUUUUCCAUACCCCAGCGGAGGUGGAGGAUUUCAUCUGCCAUGUUCGUCAACAAAGUGACCAGUAGGAAGUCCGGCACUCGAGUAAAUAUUGCACAUGACACUUAAGACUAAAAACCAAACAAAAAAGAGAGAAAUUGGACUCAAAGUCUUAACUCUGUGACUAUCAUUUAACAAAAAAGCCAUUGUCUAUUUGGAUAUGCUUUACAUUUUAAUUAUAUGUAGCGAUUAUGUUUGGUUUUUUAAAUUUUUGAUGCUACAGAACUUUAUGUGAGCCAAACAUACAACUUUAAGAAAAGGUAUCGAUGGGUGACCAUCACUUACUUAAAUCGAGGGUGGAGUAAGGUGUCUUGGUCGAAAAGGGUGAGACGUUCUUUUUGCUCCUUUUUAAGGAUCAGAAAAUAUAACCUUGGUCUUGUUUUUUUUGGGUGGGAGGUUUCUGUGUGAAUAAGUCACAAAAGGGAAAUGUGUGGGUUUGUUUCUUGGUGUUCAUUGUUAAUAAUGUUCUUUUCUUAUAGCAGCAAGGUGCUUGAUCCAGUAGAUAAACAUAAGUGGAAUAUACAGGGCAGUAUACAGAUGAUGUCAGUUUGCAGAUGAGUAGUAAUUUCGAUUUGGGGGUGAUUUCUUGGAAUGUUAGAGGCCUUAGAAAACUUGUUAAAUUAAAGCAGGUAAUGUCCAGACUUAAACAGUACCACCCAAAUAUUAUAUUUAUGCAAGAAACACACCUACUCUCAAGUGAAGUCCCAAGAUUAAAGAAAAGAUGGCCAGGCCAAGUAAUAGCAUGCUCCUUUUCAUCACAUGCCAGGGGUGUUGCUAUACUCGUGCACAAAUCUGUACCUCAUCGUAUUAAAAAAAACUGUUUUAGAUUCUAUAGGUAGGUUCGUCAUUAUACAAGGUUCUCUACUAAACCAGGACUUGAUUUUGGUAAAUCUGUAUGGACCAAAUAAUGAUGAUCCGAACUUUUAUAAUAACUUAUUUCUUUCAAUAUCAUCAAUGCAUGGGGACAUAAAAAUAGAUCCGGAACUUGACCGUUCCUCAGGCUCAGCUGUUUCGCACUCGAGAAGCAGGAAAAUAAUAAAUCAGUUUAUGCUUGAACUAAAUCUAAAAGACAUUUGGAGACUUAAAAACCCCACAAAGAGAGAAUAUUCAUGCCACUCCACCAGCCAUAAUACUUUUAGCCGCACAGACUAUUUUCUUAUUUCUAACCCUCUGGUUUCUAAGAUUGCUAACUGCAUGUAUAAGAGCAUCCUCAUAUCUGACCAUGCUCUAGUUACACUCUCAUAUUCUGCUUCAUCAGCUAUCAAAGGGCAGUAUAUCUGGCGUUUAAAACCACACUGGUUGCUAAACUCCAAAUUUCUGGAAUAUGUUGGGUCAAACAUCGAUAACUUCUUUUUAUUCAAUACACUGGAGACCUCAGCAUCACUAAGAUGGGAGGCAUCUUAGUGAUCGUUCAAGGUGGUUACUGAUAGCUUUACCUACUUAGGCAUAAAAAUCACCCCUAAAAUUGAAAACUUAAUACCUGCAAACUACAAUUCAGUAAUUGAAUCUGUGUCUGAAUCAAUAGCCAGAUGGUCGAUGUUGCCAGUCUCCAUGAUUGGUAGUAUAAAUAUUCUUAAAAUGAACGUGCUCCCAAAAUUCC